CUUCUUCACCCUACUUUUUAUCUUUACCAUUCAUUCUUCCCCUUUUCCCUUCCUCCGAUGGUCGAUCGAUCUCACUCUCACUCUCUCUCUCUCUCACACUCACUUUGCAAAGAUUAAGAACCCCCAACACCCGACAUUUCCUAACUAGAGCAUUUAAUUACAGCUUUGGAAGCUCAUCCAUCAUCAUAGACUGCGAUUUCCGCUUCCACUCUUUCCUUCACUAACACUUCAAGGAAACCACCUUUCCCUUCUAGCUAUAAGGAAAGAAAAAGUGGAAAGCCUUCUCAACCCCACCUGAUUCCCAGAGAGAGAGAGAGAUGGGGAUCUCUGAUACAGUUUUAGCGAAUCUGACGAGUCUCUAUUUGGUGGCGAUUGUGGGAAUUAAAGCGUAUGGUGUGAUAUCCGGGAGGAAUUUUAGCGGAGGAUUUGUUCUGAUGGUAUCGACGAUCGUGGUGGGAGGAGUCCUUGCAGGGACACUGACUUGGGAUGUAUCAAGGAAGGCUACGCAUGCUUUGUGUCGGGAUCCAACGAUUGAGAGAUGCCGAGGGGGAAUCUGUUGGCACGGUGUUGCAGUUCGAUCGCCCAUGUCUCAGGUUCGGUUUCACCUCGAUCAUCAGACCCUCUCUGCUCCUCUGUAAAUGAGAAAGAUAGAAAGAUAGAGAUAGAGAAAGGAAAAUACUAGACACAGAUUCUUUGGCUUCUUCAAGCUCAGAAAAGAGAAGGAAAAAAAUAUAUAUAUUCUCCUUCGCACUGGAUAACCGCCAUGUCUAUCUCUCCUCUGCAAGCUGGAUCGACCGUCCUACACCAAAGGCCUACGGCGUCGUGUUUUUUUUAUGUGAUUAUUAUUAUAUUGGGAAAGGAAGGGGAAAGAGAUAUAUGAAUGAAUAUAGUAAAAUAAGCACUGAAACACGGUGAACUGUUGUACAGAAUAUAGAAGAGUGAAGGCGUAUAAAUGCGUCUAUCGUAUGUCCAAACCGUAUUGGUCGUGUACUUGUGUGUAAAUGUAGUUUUGAAUCAAUUUUGACUUUGUCAGGUUUGUUUA